AAGAAAUCACACACACAUAUAAUCUUCAAGCCAAGUCAAGCCAAUCAAGAAGUAAUUAAGCUAAGAAGCUCUCAAGUCGAAAGAACUACCAUGGGUGGAUUUGGCAUGCUUAUGCUUGGCAAGCUAUCAGUUUUGCUUAGUGUUCUUUCAAGUUCUGAACCCAAAAUAUACCCACCUACUUGCAAUCGCAUAGAGUGUCCGUCUUUCAAUCUUAUCCAUAGCGGCAAUGGCUAUGAAAUUCGCAUAUAUAACUCUACGGUGUGGAUGUCAACCUCCCCUAUUGAAGACAUCUCCCUCGUUGAAGCUACCAGAACUGGUUUCCUACAGCUAUUUGACUAUAUUCAAGGAAAAAAUGAGAAUGGAGAAAUAAUAGAGAUGACAGGUCCAGUGAUUACUGAAGUAUCACCAAGUGAUGGACCUUUCUGUAAAUCAACAUUUACAGUUAGCUUCUAUGUCCCAAAAGAGAAUCAAGCAAAUCCACCUGAAGCAAAAGGUCUUCAUGUUCAAAGAUGGAAACCCACAUAUGUAGCAAUAAGGCAAUUUAGUGGAUUUGUAAGUGACUCAAAUGUUGGAGAGGAAGCUGCUGCCUUACAAGCCAGUCUUGCAGGAACUGUAUGGGCUACUGCAAUUCAGAAAUCCCAUAGAAAUGCCACCUCUGCUUAUACUGUUGCACAGUAUAAUUCUCCAUUUGAGUUUGAUGAUAGGGUCAAUGAGAUUUGGAUGUUGUUUGAUAUGGAUGACGAUGAGCUCACUACGUCACAUGGCUAGUUGAAUUUUUCUUUCUUUUUUUUUUUUUUUUUUUUUUAGAAUAAAAGGGAACUUUUAUUUAUGAAAUACAAAAUAU